AUCCAACUCUCUUGCAGAAACCCGAAACCCCAAUUCAGAUCUACUUCCAUGGAGUUCUUCGACGAAGAAAGCAGACCCAGAUUCCUCCUUCAAUCCCGAUCACCCCCUAAACCAAACCCCCAAACCGAAUCCCUCGAUAACCUCCACAAACCCACCCUCUUCAUCUCUCUUUCUCUCUCUGCACUCCUCUUAACCCUCUCUCUCUUCUACAUCAAAUCCGACCCGUUUCAAUCCAUCUUCAUCUGGUUCUCAUUAUCCCUCCUCAUCGGCCCUUUCGCCCCACCAUCCCUCACCGCCGGCGACAUCCGCGUCGGCCUGGGCCCCACCCUCCAACCCCAAACCCCUGUUUCACAAACCCUAGAACCCGACCCGGUAAAAAGAUCCAGAAUCAAGCAUAGAAAGCCCGAUCAGGAGUAUAUUCAGAUACCCUCUGUCGUUGUGGAGAAUACCCAGAAGGCGAUUAGUGAAGUGGUUGUUGUGGAGGAAAAAGAUUGGACCUUUGAGGAUCUUGAAUUGUUGAAGAAACAGAUGGUGAAGAACCCGGUUGGGAUGCCCGGGCGGUGGGAGGCGGUGGCGGAGGUGUUUAAAGGGAGGCAUAAGGUGGAGAGUGUGGUGAAGAUGGCCAAAUCGAUGGGGGAUAAGAAGGUGAAUGAUUCGGAUUCGUUUUCGAAGUUUUUGAAGGAUCGGAAGGCGGUGGAUAAGCGGGUCGAUGAGGUUAUCGAGAGUGAAAGAGGCGAUGGGAGUAAUGUGAGUAACAAUGUGAGUAAUGGUGGGAGUUGGAGUUCUGCUGAAGAUAUCGCUUUGUUGAAUGCGUUGAAGGCGUUUCCGAAAGAUGUUGCUAUGAGGUGGGAGAAGAUUACUGCUGCUGUUCCGGGGAGGUCGAAAGCGGCUUGUAUGAAAAGGGUUGCUGAUCUUAAGAAGGAUUUUAGGAGUUCGAAAGCUGCUUCACAGGCUUGAUUGUUCUCACGGGUUUUUGAAUCAGGAGGUAAUCGUUGUAUCAGUUGAUUAUGAGGUUUGAUUAUGUAGCAGUUUUGGUUCUUGAUAAGGGAUUGAGUCAUGUAAUUCAUAAUAGUAAUUCAUAAUACAAAAGCUUACAAUUGAGAGAGAUUAAGAAUUCUCAUUAGUUAUUUGAUUCUGA